AUGAUCCCGCGAUCCCGCGUCUCCGGGCGCGUUCUUCUCGAGCGCUCGGUAGCUCGCGCCGCGCCGUCGUCGACACGCACGCGAGCCUUCGGCUUCCCUGCCGUGGCGCACUACACACAGCAGCACGCCACCGGCGCUCGGAGAUGGCAGCCCGCGCCGACCCAACGCCGCAUACCCGCGCUGUCCUUCUCGACGACGGCCGCCCAGGGCAAGGAAAAGGACAAGCCGAGCAAGUUUUUCGACUCGUCGGCCGAGCCCGAGUCCACCGAGCCGCUCUCCGAGGAGGAGGUCAAGGCCAACCUCGAGAAUAAGAAGCAGGAGGCUGCGGCCGCGGAAAAAGCCGCAAACGAGUCCAAGGACGCGAGCGCGGACGCGAGCGUCUCUGCCAAGAGUGACAACAGCACUUCUCAAACACAGGAUAACAAGGCUGGCGGUAGCGCGGCCGGUGCCGCAGGCGCUGGCUCUGGUGACGGCUCCGGUGACGGAGGCAAGCGAGGGCGCAAGUCUUCUGAAAAAGCUCUACAGAAACCCGUUGUCCCCGACGUCUAUCCGCAAGUACUAGCUAUUCCGAUUGCUCGCCGACCGCUAUUCCCCGGAUUCUACAAGGCUAUCACGAUUAAAGACCCCGAUGUCGCCACCGCCAUUACCGAGUCGAUUAAGCGCGGCCAGCCGUACGUCGGUGCCUUCCUCUUCAAAGACGAGAACGAGGAUGAAGACGUCAUUCGGAAUGUCGAAGAUGUAUACGAUGUCGGCGUAUUUGCUCAGAUCACGAGCGCUUUCCCCAUCCACGGUCAAGAAGGUGCCCUGACUGCGAUCCUAUACCCCCACCGCCGAAUCAAGCUCUCCAGCCUUGUCCCGCCGACGCCCCAACAACAACAACAGGAAGUCAAGAAGGCAGAGGGAAAGAAGGAGCCCGAAGUCCCCGAACCCAUUCCCGCCAAGUCCGCCGACGAAGCCCCCGUCUUAGAUAAGAAGGGAGACGUGGUCGCUAGCUUCGAAGAGACGGCCGUCGAUAAGAAGCCCGACCAAGUUGCUGAAAAAUACGAACCCACCUCCUUCCUCAAAAAAUACCCCGUCAGCCUGGUCAAUGUCGAGAAUCUCGCGGACGAACCCUACGACCCGAAGAGCCCCGUUAUUCGAGCUGUCACCAAUGAGAUUGUCAACGUCUUCAAGGAGGUUGCCACGAUGAACAACCUGUUUAGGGAUCAGAUUUCCACCUUCUCCAUGAGCCAGUCCACCGGCAACGUGACCUCGGAGCCCGCCAAGCUAGCCGACUUUGCUGCCGCCGUGUCUUCUGGAGAGCAGACCGAACUGCAAGAAGUAUUGGGCUGCAUGAAUGUCGAGGAGCGUAUGCAAAAGGCGCUCAUCGUGCUCAAGAAAGAGCUCAUGAACGCUCAGCUGCAAUCCAAGAUCACCAAAGACGUUGAGAGCAAGAUUAGCAAGCGCCAGCGUGAAUAUUGGCUCAUGGAACAGAUGAAGGGCAUCAGGCGUGAGCUUGGCCUCGAGUCUGACGGCAAGGACAAGCUUGUUGAAAAGUUCAAGGAGAAGGCGGGCAAGCUGGCCAUGCCUGAUGCCGUGCGCAAGGUCUUUGAUGAGGAGGUUAACAAACUCGCUCACCUCGAGACUGCCGCGUCGGAAUUCAACGUUACAAGAAACUAUUUGGACUGGCUGACACAGAUCCCCUGGGGUCAGCGCAGUGCCGAGAACUUUGGUAUACCCAACGCAGUCAAGGUUCUUGAUGAGGAUCAUUACGGCCUUCAGGAUGUCAAGGACCGUAUCCUGGAAUUCAUCGCUGUCGGAAAGCUGCGUGGCUCCGUGGAAGGCAAGAUCCUUUGCUUUGUCGGCCCUCCUGGUGUGGGUAAGACAAGUAUUGGCAAGUCUAUUGCUCGCGCCCUGAACCGCGAAUACUACAGAUUCAGUGUUGGUGGUCUUACAGACGUUGCUGAAAUCAAGGGUCAUCGCAGAACAUAUGUCGGUGCCCUGCCUGGCCGCAUUAUCCAGGCCCUAAAGAAGUGCCAGACUGAGAACCCCCUCAUUCUCAUUGACGAAAUCGACAAAAUUGGUCGUGGUUACCAAGGGGAUCCUUCAUCUGCUCUCCUGGAACUGCUCGAUCCCGAGCAAAACAGUUCUUUCUUGGAUCACUACAUGGACGUACCAGUUGACCUAUCCAAGGUCCUCUUCGUCUGCACUGCUAACAUGACUGACACUAUCCCCCGACCUCUCCUCGACCGCAUGGAGCUAAUCACCCUUUCUGGCUACGUUGCGGAUGAAAAGAAGGCCAUUGCCAACAAAUACCUUGCACCUGCCGCCAAGGAAGCUGCUGGUCUCAAGGAUGCGAAGGUUACCCUUACCGAUGAAGCCAUCGAGGAGCUGAUCAAGGCCUACUGCCGCGAAUCUGGAGUUCGAAACCUGAAGAAGCAGAUCGAAAAGGUUUACCGGAAGUCUGCCCUAAAGAUCGUACAAGACCUUGGCGAGGACGCCAUCCCAGAAGAGAAAGCACUUACUGAAGAGGGCAAGGAGGCCGCUGAAGCUUCAACGAAAAAGGCUCAAGAAGCACCUCAGUCCGAAGGCAAGGAGCAGCCUAGCACGGAGGCGAGUGAGAAGGAAACAACCGAAACACCACGCGAGGCUCUCAAAGUGCCCGACUCGGUUGAAGUAUCCAUCGGCAAAGACAACUUGACCGACUACAUUGGACCCCCCGUGUUCACGUCCGACCGACUUUACGAAGUCAGCCCUGCUGGUGUUGCCAUGGGCCUGGCGUGGACGCAGAUGGGCGGCGCUGCCAUGUACAUUGAGUCCAUCCUGCAAGCGCCACUCCGCCAGAGCACCCGUCCCGGCAUGGAGAUCACCGGCAACCUCAAGUCGGUCAUGAAGGAGUCGACCGCGAUCGCCUACUCGUUCGCCAAGUCGUUCAUGGCGAGCACGUUCCCCGACAACGACUUCUUCGACAAGGCCAAGAUGCACCUGCACGUGCCGGACGGCGCGGUGCCCAAGGACGGGCCCUCGGCGGGCAUCACGAUGGCGACGUCGCUGCUAUCGCUCGCGCUCGAGACGCCGGUGAACCCGACGGUCGCCAUGACGGGCGAGCUGACCCUGACGGGCAAGGUGCUGCGCAUUGGCGGGCUGCGGGAGAAGACGGUGGCGGCGCGCCGCGCUGGCUGCACGACCAUCAUCUUCCCCAAAGACUGCAUGUCGGACUGGCUGGAGCUGCCGGCGACCAUCAAGGAGGGCAUCGAGGGCCACCCGGUCGAGUGGUACUCGCAGGUGUUUGACCUCGUCUUCCCGGCCCUGGAUCGCACGGCGGCGAACAAGAGCAGGGUCGUCAAGGACGGCAAGAAGGAGAGCGAGGGCGGCGACGAGUAG